AUGGUCUACGACCGGUUUGAGCCCAUCGACUUGCCAAUUAACAAGUCGAAUCAGGUGGCUCCUCGCAAUUUAGAGCACGCUGAUCAUACUCCGAGAUUUGUCAAAACGACUGCCCGAAAGAUUGAUUGGAGGACAUUGGGGUGUUCAUUUGAGCAGCAGCUUCCCAUCCUUAUGAUUCCUGAAGUUCUUCUGAGAAAGACAGGUUCACCUUUCACCAACUAUUUUGCGAAACACCUUAGCUGGAAAAAACAAGCGCUGCCAUGGAUAUCGGACGAAAAGAUCGAACGCCUAGCCCGCGACGACCUUAAGGCCAUGCAACUAGGCUUCCCGGCGCUGGAUGAUGAAGCUUGUGCUCUAGGACUGGCCGCUUGUUUAACAAUUGUGUGUUAUGUGGAUAGUAUCAUCGAGGAAUUGGAGCCAGAAUUGGCGGAGCAGUGCAUCCAGAGCUGCUUGGCCAUCCUGGACGGUGCUGAUUUAGAUGAGCAAAUUGUGAAUAAUCCUGGCAGUCCCCUUGAACAGGCCGCGACCAUAUGCUUCGCCUUCUAUAGACAUAUCAUCGAUAUUUUUCGUCCCAUGACGGCAAAGACUGUUCUUUUCGAUAUGAAGGAUAUGAUCGCAGGUCAAGUCCCGGAAUUACACUUCAAACAAGGAGAGCUGAACAUCAACUCCUAUGAGGACUAUCUCAGCAUUCGGAACAGGACCUUCGGUCUAUUGCCUCUGCUCACCAUUGCAGAGCACUAUCACCUAGCUAAAGACGGCUUGGCAGUUGCAUCACCGGAUAUCGCUUUGCUGAAAAACCAGAUCAGUAUCAUGUGCGUUGGUCAAAAUGAUGUUGGUGGGUUGGAGAAAGACAUUGAACUUUCAAACACAUCCAACUCCAUCCUGGUAUUGGCGAUGUUGGCCGGUCGCAAAAUCAAGAGGAACGAUGACGUGCUGGAGUUUGAGGAUAUACUUCGCUUAUUUGAAGGAAAGAAUCAUAUUUUCGUCAAUGACGUGAUUGAGACUUGGAGCAGAAUUCGUAUUUCCUCGAAAGUGGAGACAGAACAUCGGUUAAGCGAUAUGCUCAUCACGCUGUCUAUCACACACCUGGAGUGGGUUCUUACGAGUUCAAGAUAUGAUAUUGAGUCUGUAUUGGAAGGAGAUUGUGUUGGGAGUUAG